AUCUUCCUACCCAGCCAGAGAAAUGUCCCAGCAAGGUGCGCUGGAUCGAUUUGAACAACAUGGACUCAGACAGGUGAGAGAGAUGCAUCAUGGGCAGGCAUGGACCAAAAGGUAACUCCAGGAAUACAAAUUAUCAGCCAUCAUGUCACAGAGACACCUGCCUCGUCUCAGUAUGCAGGAAACAUAUCAUCUGAGGAUCCCUUUCCUUCCUGCUGUAUGCUGUAUGCAGACUCCUCCACCCGGAGCUGAGCCUGCGGUGGAGCGUGUGUGAAAGGGGACCCUGCCGGCCGCCAUGGCUCACUCGUCAGACCCGUCCCGCAGGGAGAAGACCCCCGGGACCCAGGGGUCACACACGGCUACACGCAACCUCUUGCGGAAGAAGGAGCAGCGCCGGCGUGGAAUACGAUCCUCGUCGCCCAUGGGCCGGGUCAUCCUCAUCAACUCUCCUGUGGACGGAGGGGACGACUGCGAGGACCUCCACACGAUCACAGUGGAUAAAAGUGUGGACGGAAAACUCGGCUUCAGCGUGCGCGGCGGCUCCGAACAUGGCCUCAGCAUCUUUGUCAGCAAGGUGGAGGACAACAGCACAGCAGAGGAAGCCGGCCUGCUUGUAGGAGAUAAACUGGUGGAGGUGAACGGCGUCAGUCUCGAGAGCAUCACGAUGAGCAGCGCCGUGAAGGUCCUGACGGGAAACAACAGGUUGAGGAUGGUGGUGAGACGGGUCGGAAAAGUCCCCGGCAUCCGCUUCUCCAAAGAGAAGACCACAUGGGUGGAUUUGAUCCACAGGCGUAUGGUGGUGGAGGAGAGCGGGCGGACACCUUCAGAGACGAGCUCAGGCAGCGCCCUGCAGAGGAUCGUCCACCUUUACACCACCUCGGACGACUACUGCCUUGGCUUCAACAUCCGCGGGGGGAAGGAGUUCGGCCUGGGGAUCUACGUCUCCAAACUGGAUCCUGGUGGUCUGGCUGAGCAGAACGGGAUAAAGAUGGGGGACCAGAUCAUGGCCGCCAACGGAGUGAGCUUUGAGGACAUCAGCCACAGCAGUGCAGUGGAGGUGCUGAAGAGUCACACACACAUCAUGCUGACCAUCAAGGAAGCAGGACGAUACCCGGCUUAUAAAGAGAUGGUGGCAGAAUACAGGUGGCUCAAUAAGCUGGCCAAUGGCACUCAGAAAUCUUCCUCCCAGGGCUCGGGCUCCACCUCCUCGGUGUCCUCUCUGUCGUCGGGGACUCCGGUCAGCUCUCUGAGCGGCCUGUCGCAGGUCAUGUUCCCUCCCAGCAUGCCGUUUGGUUCAGACAUGGUGGAUGUUUGCAUCUCCACAGAGGACCUGAGGUCAGUGUCGGAGCGAACUGAGACCGCCAUGCAGACAGACCUCCCCUCUCAGAAAACCGCUUUGGACACGACUCGCAGCCUGGGUCUGACCACUCUGCUCAGAGACACGGCCAUCAGAGGAGAGGAGGAGCAGACCAGAGGGAGGAAAGAGUCCACCAAGACCGCCGUGCUGAUGGCUCUCAGCAGACCCAGCCGACCAAUCAGCAGGUCCCAGAGUCAGGCCACCAUUGCAGAGAUCAACCAGAAGAAAGACAAGAAGCAGAAAGGGAAGGACCCGGAGGAGAAGAGCACCCUGCAGCGCUCGAAGACUUUAGUCAACCUGCUGUUUAAGGGGCGCAAGAGGGAUGCUUCCAGGGCCAGAUCCAAGUCCCCGUCCAAAGACAAGACCGGCAAAGAAGGACGUCAGGUCGGUGCGAUGCCAAAUUCCGAGAUGCUCGGAGCGGUGGACGACAUGGCCCGCAGGCUGCUGACGGAGGAGGAGGUGGAGGCUGUGAUGAAGACGUGCAGAAGGUAUGUGGCGGAGCGGUCGGUGGAGAACUUGAUACGCCACCUGCUGGCUGUGCUGGACAGACCGGAGAAGCUGCUGCUGCUGAGGGAGGUCAGGAUGCUGCUUCCUCCCUCUGACCUGAGUGCGUUCAAUAACUUGGUGACUCCGCUGGAAGUCGAGGCCUACGACAUCCUCAAGUACCGCUCGGUCAAAACUCCUCCUCUUCGCUCGCCCAUGUCCGGUCGAGCACCAAAACGACGCCUCAUCACUCCCAUCCCAGAUUUCCGGGGAGGCUUUGAGCUCCACAAUGCCGAGGAGGUGGAGAAGGAGAGCAACCUCCUGGAUCAGCUGGAGAGGCUCACUGUUUCAGGGCUCCAGAAGUCCAGAGAGAGGCCCCCAACCCCCAGAUCCUUCACCCAGCUGCUGGACAUCCCUGUGGACGGAUACGACACAGAGUCCAGAGACCUCAGACCUGCCUCUUCCAGCCCCGCGCUCCCUAACUGGCUCCUGACCCGCAGCGAGGACUCCCGCCCUCCUCUCCGCACCGACAUCGGCACCAUCCGCUCCGUCCACUUCGACGAGGUUUCCCUGCACUCGACUUUAGAGAGGCGGAGAUCUCCGUCCAGAAACGGACACACCAGAGGCAGGAAGAAAAGCACGGACAGCAGCAAAGAAUCUGUGUUCACGCUGCAGAGCGCGGCUCGCAGGAGUCGACCGCUGUUGUCUCGGGUGUUCAGUUCAGAUCAGCAGACGGGGAGCGAGCAGGUGAACGGACAUCGGGAUCAAUCUGAGAACAGACUCAACGGAGCCGAGCCUGAGCAGGAGUACAAACUAAAGACUGUCACCAUCUCCAAGACCAAGCAGUCUCUGGGCAUCAGUAUAUCCGGGGGCAUGGAGUCCAAGGUUCAGCCGGUUGUGAAGAUCGAGAAGAUCUUCCCAGGAGGAGCCGCCUCCACCUGUGAAGUGCUCAAGGCUGGAUUCGAGUUGGUGUCAGUGGACGGAGUCACCCUGCGAGGAGUCACUCAUCAACACGCUGUGGACAUCAUCAGAAAAGCCUUCAGCAACAAGGCCAAAGACCCCAUGGUGCUGGUGGUCAAAGUCCCCAAAAACAUUUCAACGGAGACGUGAGACACUCGUCGUGAAGUUUAGAAACAUGGCAGACUCUCGUACCGACGGAGACACAGACUGGAAAACUGGAACUUCAGCCCCGCACACAGUGAGGUGCUCUGAGGUAUUUCAUUUUGCCAUUCAUGUUUGUAUAAAAAAUAAGAUGGACACUUGUUGCUGUUGAGCAUCUUAAGCUGAAAAACAAGACU